CUGAAAAAUUCGCUACGGAGGAUUUGGAAAACUUAUGUAUUAGUUGCUACCACGACGAGGUGUACACACCUCACCCGCUCUUCCAAGGUGGGAUGUGCUUCGUUUGUAUGGAGCGUUACACAGGAAGAUUUUUCAUGAUUGGUGCGGACAAUAUUCACUAUUGCUGCGCAAUUUGUGGCGGUUUCGGCAAGCUGGUCGUAUGCAGCAUGUUGAAGUGCGGGUUAUCAUAUUGUUACGAGUGUCUCGACAACUUGGGAUCCACGGGGUUACGUCCUUACAUAGCAAAUAUGGCGGUGUGGAUAUGCUUUGUGUGUAACAGCACCGGACACUCAAGAAGCGGUCGCUAUAUCCAAUGCCGGGCUGAUUGGAGAAAUCACCUGCAUGCGCUCUUCAAUACUCACAAAGGAUUCCCGAUACCGCGAAUCCUGCUUAAGAAAGAACGUCUCCGCGUGCUUUCGCUCUUUGAUGGAAUUGCGACUGGUUUACUAGCCCUUAACCAAUUAGAUGUGAAUGUGGAAUCGUAUUUUGCCGCCGAGCUGGACUACAAUGCAAAGAUGAUUGCUUUGAAGCACCAUGAUGAAAAGAUUCAAUAUUUGGGCAAUGGGGAUGUGCGCAAAAUAAACGCUCGCGUACUUGCAGACAUUCUACCCAUUCAUCUUGUACUUGGUGGUUCACCCUGCAAUGAUCUUAGUAGGGCCAAUCCUGAUCGCAAAGGACUUUUUGAUCCAGAUGGCACCGGAGUAUUAUUCUACGAGUUUUCUCGCAUAAUAACGACACUGAAACAAAUUGGCAAUCAAGCAUUUUUUUGGCUCUUUGAAAACGUCGCUUCAAUGCCAGAAGAAGUGAAAAGCAUUAUAUCUAGAAUUUUGGAAUGUCAACCAUCACAGAUAAAUGCGUAUCCUUGCGUGUCGCCUCAGGAUCGAAAGCGAUAUUUUUGGGGCAACUGUCCCUCGCUUCAUGUUGACUUCUCCUAUGAUGGGAAACAUGUGCUUCAGGACUAUCUAGAUCCAGGACGCACUGCGGCAGUCGAUCAUAUUCGCACGAUCACUACUAACUCCAAUUCGUUGUUACAAGGGAGUAUAAAACAGCAUGCAGUAUAUGAUGAAAACAUGGAAUUGGCACCGUUAACAAUCAAAGAAAUUGAGAAAAUCUUCGGCUUGCCUCAAGAUUACACACAAUUUGAUACUCUAUCUAAAUCUGCACGAUUGACGCUUGUGGGUCGAGCAUGGAGUGUACAAACGAUAUGUAUGCUACUGCACUUUGUAAAGUAUUUCUAUAGACUUAACAGAGAUAAAGUAUUGCAUUAUGAUUAGGAGACGAUUGGAAUUGGAUUGGAAUAUAAUUGGAUCAAUUCAAUUAACUAAUUAAAGAACCUUUUAAUAAUAAAACAUUCAAAGCAUUUGGUGACUAGAGUAAAUGUUUGUAAUUUAAAAAUAUGUGUUUGUCAUCCAUUCGUAUGUUACAUGUUUAAUUCAUAUCUUCUUUCCUUGCUGACUGCAGGGACAGGGGAAAAUCGUUUUGUGGGAUGCUAAAUGCAAAAAAGACAGAAAUAACUGUUGAAGUAGGAACGAAAGUCCCAAAUUUGAUAGAUGUAGAUGUAACAGUAUCUUUUGAAUUUCGGAAAG